CUAGCCGAGCGAGCCCCGCCGCCCGCGCACCCCGCGCCUCGCUUGCGUCCCGUGUUCCUGUGGGCGCGCCAGCGCGACGGCACCGUGCAAGAGGUCCGCUGUGAAGAUUACGAUCCGCGUAACCGAAUUCGUAUCGCGCGUACCCCGACCGGUUGGCGAGUUAUCCCGCGUACGGAAAUCUUUGACUCUAUCCUAGUGAAGGGCGCGCCGGCGCGCGACCCCCCUGAGCCCAGCGCUCCCCAGGACCGGCGCCGGCGCCGACGUUCCAGAAGGCCGCGGAGGCGGCGCGCGGACGCGUCAGCGCCCGCGCCCGCCUGGCUAGCGCCCGACCUGGAGUCGCACAUUCCCUCUCACACCAUCGCGGUGCCGCGAGCACCGCCCGCGCCGCCCGAGCCUACUCCGCUCGAGAAUCUGCUCGCGGUGGCGGAGCUGGAGUUCAACCAGCAGCGCGGUGAAGAAGCGCUCGAGCUGGAACUACAGACGGGCGCGGCGCAGUACCCCUUCCUGCCUGAAGCGGAGGAGGUGGCGCGUGACGUCAUGUCGUUCGAGCUCGGUGAGCCCAAACCUCCAGACGAGAUGUUCUUCGAGCAGCGCAAGACGCACGGCCCGGAGCGCGCUGCCGAGGAAGACGCUUUCCAGAGUGAUAUGGGCGUGCAUAAAGACCUGUUUGAGACAAUUAGCGAAGCACACUAUCUACCGGAGCUCGGUGGGCCUCAUGACGAGGCGCUGCUGGAGUCUUUGGUAGAGAAAGGCUGCGAAGAUAAUCAAAUACUCGGACAAGCCCUCGAUAAGCUUGCGCAUCUUGUGCACGGCUCCGGUGACUACGCCGAGGAGGAGGACGACAUGUUGCUCGGCGGAGCACCCGUCGCUGACAUUAUUGACAGGCUCGAGCAGUCACUGGAGUCGCCGAGUCGCAGCAGCAUGACAGCAGCGCAGGGCCUCCUGCAUCUGCACCACAUAGGAGACCACCUACCGCCAUCAGACCACCAGCAGACCGUCGAACAAGCGUUUAUGCCAGAUGAAGUAUUUGCACCAACCGGUGACUCGGCCGAGUGUGCUCUAGACACGUUGACGGCGGCAACAGAUAUGCAGGAAUCUAGUGAAGUUAACCAUUUAGAGUAUGAUCCUAAUGCUGAGAAGAGGCUACAGAGUGAUGUCGGAACCACCGACGUUAUGUAUACGGAACAAGUACCUGAUAUACCUGCACCCAUAGAGGAGCAACAUUCGCAAUCGUUGCCAGACCAAAGCGAAGUAGGUUUACCUAGUGAACUAUCAAACCCAAUAAAUGACGACUCGGCCGAAAAUGCCAACGAGGAUAUCACACCAAAGUUGGAAACUGAUGAUGAAGAAAAUAACUAUGAAAAUGCAAUAAAAGAAGAAGAAACAGAUUUUCUAAAAGAGUUAGAUGAUUCUACAAACACGGUGGAAUUAGUGCCCACCGAUUUGAGAGUGAAUAACGAAAAAAAGUCAACAAACCGCGUCGUUGCGAGUGCGGCUGAAACAACGAACGCCAUGGAAGAUAAUUUGUCGGAAAAGAGUGAUGAUCAACCGAAAGAUCUGAGUGUACAUCGAAGGUUGCCCACCCCGCAUGCGUCGCCGCGGCGGGUGGACAUACCGCGGGCGCCCUCCAGAGAGUCGGAUGCGAUGCAGUCGCCGCAGCCGAGCGGCAUCCCCGCCGUGCCCUCCUCUCCGGAAAUAUUCACUAUGCCACAAAGUAAGACUGCAAACAAACACUCAAUGUUCUUGGAAACACUACUAUCGUCGCCUUCCCCAAAAAUGUACACGUCAGAAGUGACCAUUACAAAACAGCAAUGUGAACCAUUAAACUUGGGAAAACAUCGAAAAUCUGCCAGUCCAACUGUCACCAGUUGUUCGGAUGAGAUGAGAAAAUUAAAUAAAGAGUUUGGUGAGCCGCAGGAGAAACGCAUACGACGAGAAUCGACCGAAGACUUGGUCAAAAUAAGUAAAGUAUUCAACAGGUGUGAUCGGGAUGAGCAAAUUACUGAUAGCAAAACGAAAAAGCAAGACAAGCAACCGAUGAAAAUUAGUGAUGAAACAAAUCCGCUCAAACAACUGCAUCUAUUAAAGAAGAGGGCGAAUUUCAACAUGCCCGAUCCAUUACUAGUCCCGAAAGACAAACUAAAUACUAUCUUGGCAAAUCCUGGUGUAGAAAUCCCCUCACUAUUAAUACAGAGGCCUGAGUUGAGGUUGCCCGAGGCAUUUGCUUACCCCAACAUACUGCAAGACCCCGAUAUACUCGUCAUAUCAUUAUCUCAAUUAGAAAAUAUAUUAAUGAACGAAUCGAAGAGGCCGGAGUCACCGAAAAAGGAGGUAAAGCCUCCUACGCCGAAGAGUACCACGUCAAGUACAUCAAGUACGAGUGCUGAGCACACGACCACCACACAGCCGGACCAGACCAACACCAGCAGUCAGCCCAAACCAAUACCUUCAAUGGACGCGCUGGCCGGCGACAUCGACACGGCGACUUCGGCCGCAUUCAACCAAAUGCUCUGGCUACCUUAUAUUAGCCAAUUAGAGGCGAUGGCGGCAUGCUCGCAAAAUAUAGAGUUCCUAAAAGCUGUCAACGCGCCCGGAUAUUCCGGACCGAACUACCCAGACUUGGCACAGAUGUUCAACCCGAACUCCCGUUUUAUGGGACCAACGGGUUUUCCAAUGGUGCCACCUAUGGAUUAUGAAAACCGCAUGCAGUUUGCAAUGUGGCAAGAAGCUAUGAAUCAAGCGAACCAACAAGCUCAAAGAGCCAAAUCUGCCGAGACGCAAGCAAAGGAAUCGCAGUCGAAAUCAUCCGACGUCCAGAAUCCAUACGUUCACUCGACUAAGAAUCAUCAUCAUCAGAGUAAACAGCACGCGUCGAGUAACAUGUCGUCACGGACAAGCCCUAUGACUCACAACUACACCGCCAGUCAGCGCGCGGCCAUCCAACAUCAUCACAACUCGCUGCUGCAGGGCAUGUACCCGGGGAUGAACCCUAACAUCAGGCCGAACGUGCCUCUGCCGGGCCUACAAAUCCCAUACUUCAACUCUAACAUGAUGGGUAGUCAGAGGUCGCCGUGGAAUAGUCAGCAAAAGAGCCCGACUUCGCCGUACUAUCCGAAUAACAACUAUCUGCAGUCGGUGAAGCACCCGGAGGCGCAGCUGCACCAGCGCAGCAGCUCGACCGGGUCGCAGGACUCGCCGCGGCCGCGGAUCACAGUGAAGUCGUUACAAAACCUGCUGGAGCCGACGGCGGCGUCGGCGUCGUCCUCGCGGCGCGCGUCCACCUCGGCGCUGGGCCGGCGCCGCGAGGAGCCCGAGGUGGGCAGCACCACGCCGCUGGGCGAGGCGCCGCUGAUGCCGCCGCACCCGCACGACCCGGCCUCCUUCCACCUCUGGCACCCGCUCUUCGGCAACCAAAAGAGCUACAACAGCCCGUGGUCUUGGACGACGGUGACGGCGACGGGCGACUGACCGAGGGCCCCGCGCGGGCCGGCGCCCGCGCAGCCGCACUGAGCGCGCACACCCACCGGGGACGGGGAGGAUAGGGGCCCAGGGGACAAGGAGAAGAGGGAAUAGGGGACAAGACCUCGGGAAAAGCACCUAAUGACUCUUAUUAAUCAGUACGGACCUUAAUCACCAAAUGAUAUCUACACAGUUAAGUUAAAAUCAGUUUUCAGCAACGUUUUGUAUUCCAAUGUGUUUGUCAACUUCACCAUUUCAUACGUUUAAGUAGUUUUAAAGUUCAUCACUGGUUCUUAUAGAUUUACAUUGCUGCACAAAUUUAGUUGCGCAAAUCACCAAAUUGUUAUAUCACGUUGGUAUGUAAAGGGUACAGGAUCACCGCAAGUUAUGUCAAGUCUAUAAGAAAGCGGUGAUGAACAGUAUUUUAAUCACCAUCUAAAACUGUUUAGUUCUGUAUUUUAUAAGUCGUUGUUAUCAGACUUCGCAGAGUUAAUCUCACCAUGACCAAUUUAUAUCUACGCUAGUUCUAAAGUUCGGACACUAAUUUAUAAAUUAAUUUAGUUAUUUCUACCUUUUCAUAAUCAAGUUGGUUGGUUCUUCAAAGUUUGUGACGUCAAAACCAUAUUCUGUAACUUAAAUCUCCGUAUUAGAAAUAUCAAAAUUAUAUUUAUACUUAACCUACAAAAUACGAACAAACCAAAAAUCUUUUUUAUUUAAACUCUGACAGGUGUCACUUAAAAAUGUUGUAACACAUAAAAAAAAACAAAUAUUUUCGGUAAAUUGUCUCGCCUUUCGUUUAGCUGUCACUCAGUUUAGUAUUUGGAAUGAGGAACUUCUACUUAUAGAAAUAGAUUUGGUACUCAGGCAGAAUGGAGGAAAAUCGAAAAGAGUUUUAAUGCAAUGAUCCUCGCUAGAUAUAACUGUUCUAAGGUAAAUCCAUCUGCAGACAAAUUAGGAACCUGACAGGCCUUCACUUGUUUCAAGAAUAGUUUUCGAUCGCUGAACAAGAAAAACACAUUUAGAAUACUUGAUAUCCUCUCACUACUUUAGGCCAAAGUCGUCACAGAAUUUAGAAUACUAUCUGGUUCCAAAUCCUCCUGUCUGUUUGAACAGCGUUUAGCUUUAUUUUAGUGUAUUUAUUUGAAAGAAAAAGUUAGAGACUCAAACAUAUCAAAUAAAAUAUACGUUAAUUCUGUGGUCGCGUACAAAAUCCACAUAACAUGUAAACAUUUAAAUUGUUUUAUAACUCUUCACGGCUACACUAAAUAAUCGAUUUGUAAAGAAAAUUAAAUACUAAUCAUUUUAAGUAAAUAUAAAAACGUGUAUUAUACAUACAAGACGGUUGAUUGUUCAGUUUUUUUAACUUCGUUAAUGUUUCUCGAAGCCGAAACUAAACCCGUGACACGCAGCGUAACAUAAACAAUUUCACUUUUUUUUAUUUACACAAAGGCAAUGGUCGCGGCAAUUCUAAUGUAAAAUACUUUUAUUAACAUACAGUAUACAGAGUACGAUAAUGAUUUCUGUAAAUAAGAAACGAGUUUUAACCUAAAAUAGAUUUUAAAAUUUACAAAUGUUUUCGCUGAACAUAGUGCUUAGUUAUUAGCACUAACGUCUUCAUAAGUUUCCUUUCGAUACGACACCUGUAUAUGUCUGUACAGUGAAAACGUUCAACUUAUUUCAAACUAAGAAAGUCUUUAUUGUUUAUAGAGACACAUCGGUGUCGCCGUUAAGUUUUCUUUCUUGAAGAUCAUCUAGUGUUUAGAGAGAUAAAUUCCCCUCACAACCACGUGGCAGUGGUCACAAGAUAGUAGACUUUAUUUUAAGUGAUUUAAGGUGCAAUUUAAAGGAGACCCCCAGAGCCCGAUGGUGAACGAAUUGAUCCGUCCGAUGUUGUGAAACCCCCGUGUCGUCGCUCGCUGCGGUAGUCCCGUACCGUGGACUGUCUCUUUUAAGCCACGUCGCCAUUUUGCGACAAAUCGUGCACUAUCGAGUACAUGGACACUUUAAUUCCUUUAACGUGACGCAUCAGUGCACAGAGCCGUCGAUGUACGUCGAGUGCAUGGUUUGCUGCGAGUGGAGCGCGGCGAUACAUAGCCUGUGAACUGAUCUGUAUUGAAACUUUCUUAUGAUGAUGCCAAGCGUUCGCUCGUCGUUUGGCGUUCGAUCAUGUAUUAAGCUUUAAUUUUUAGUGUUAAUGACUUGUCAACAUGUUGCUGGAGCUAAUUUAAAACAAAACGCGGAAGUAGAGAACUAAUUAACAUAAUUUCUUGAAUGAGUUGCUUCAGUGUCGUGGCUUUGACGUCUAUGUCAGUCGGGUGUCCGCGACAGAGCAGACCAUUGAGACUGGGGUAGUUGAGCGCGGAGUGCCCCAUUCACGCCUAUAAUUACAACUCAAGUAUUUCCAUUGUCACUUAUUUAAUUUAGGAGAGUUUAGAACAAGUUAACGACUUUUAACAUUGGGAGGCUGGCGAAGUGGCGAAAUGGUGUCCUCAUAUUAGGAAUUGAUCUCAUAAUCUAAGAAACUUUUAUUGCAGAGAGAUGGCCUGUAAAGUAGCCGUUUUAAAGAAUUUAUAGAACGGAAAUUAUAAAAAAAUAAGUAAAUAAAAUCUCAAAGUUAUUAAACUCUAUGGUCUCUAUGGUCCAUUCUACAAAAGCACGAGGACAGGUUAUCGUUGUAAGCUCUCUCUUUAACAUAAGUUGCUCCCGAGGUACAUCCGAGGGAAGAUAGUUUAUCUUUUAAUAUAAAAAUACUAAAGAAAUCUCUAUAAAAUCUUUAAUAAUGCCACAUCAGGGCAACAUGGCGCGCUCAUAUAAUAACGCUGGAAAUAACAGUUUGUCUCGCGUCGCGAACAUGUUUUAGUACAUACCUAAUAGGUACUUGUUUAUCAUUUAGUAGGUAAAUAUGCAGAUAAGUUCACAUAGGUAGUCUAUGUAUGUUCACUGGAACGGAAUUGCGAACCCACCUCUUUGGAGCAUCUACAGUUUACGCGAACUUACGGCAAACGAUAAGAUAACAAGAAGAAUGUUAAUAUUAUUAUUUCAUUUACAUUUUUCCCUAAUCAGUAGGAUAGUUUUACAUUGUUGUGUUAAGCUGAUAAUAAAACAAUGAAUGACAUUAAACAAUAGCCGUGUUGCACAGUCGGAAACCCUGUCGGCCAUGUUGCAGACGCAUUUCCCGAUAAAAUACCUACACGUGUACAUGCAUGACGAAUAACAGCAACAUGUAACAUGUAGUAGGUACGUGUACUACGUGUGCACAUGUAGGAUGUCCCAGACGGUCGCCAUGACAACCAUUUACAGCCAUCGGAGCCGGGCGGCGCCGCGGGCUGUUCAUAGCGAGCGCACAUUACUCUGACACUUGAUCAAAAUCGAUUACACACGCUUCGCUCAUCUCCAUCACACUGUGCUCGCAUUGAUAUACAAUAUUAUAUUUGAUAUUCAAUGUUAUUUAUUGAAACAUUGUAUAGUUAGGUAGUUUGUUUUGCGUAUUAAGUUUACAUUAAAGCAGUAAGCACCACUCAGGGCUGACAGACAACAGACACGUAUUAUCUGCUCGUCCUACUUACAAGUACAAGCCUGACACGUUUCUUCACUUACGUCUGAAGCACAGUAAACUGUAGAUGCUCAACCAACCAUAUCCCUAUUUUAUAAGCUGGUGCGUCAAAUAGGUACAGUUACAGAGUACGCGCGUAGGACAUAAUGUUUUAUUGUUUAGUUGUGAUAUGUAACACUCGCCGAGGCGCGGCGCUAGUUCCAAAUAAGUGCAAUCCAAGUCGGAGUGUAAAUGUAUAUCGUAGUUAGAAAAGGUAAGUGGAGGUAUGCUGCAUUUAAUUUACGUGUAGAGGUCACUGCAGGUCGAACUAGUUAUUCAAAUCAUUGUUUAAAGUCUAACGCGCUAGCAGGCGCCUACGUGUACAUUUACAUCGUUUAUCAUAUUAGAAAUUGUAUUUUGAAUAAAGAGGUAAUAAGAAAUAUUUGUAAAAUGCUCGCCAUCUGUCGGCGGUUUAUAUUAAACUUCUGUAUGUUAGCUCGAUAUCAGUUCGACCUGCUUUGGCUUCGUUUAUAUUAUUAGACAUUACAUCAAGGCGACUACUGUUAGCAUCAAUAUUCAAUUAGGCUAAUAGUAGUCUGCGUGGCGUCUAAAUCUGGUUAAAAUGAGAGUAGGCAAAUACAUAGUCCCCGUAAGAAACGACCGAGCGCAGAGAAUUGCUUGUUGGCUAUAAAUAUUGCAAGAAAAAUGGAAAAAGGUACAUAACAUAGACGUUACAUGUUUUUAAAGUAGACAGUGCUGUAUCAUGUUUAAAUUAUUCAAUGUUUGUUAGUGGUAAUAGAAAUGCAAAUGAUUUCACAUAAUUUAAGUUUAGGUGAUCGCAAUGCCCCGAUCGAGGGCGGAUAAUAUUAUAAUAACUAUAAUUGAACAAUAUUACUGUUGCACAUUAACCACGAUUUAGUCUGUGUGGCAUUACCUGUCGUAGCUGUUAACAUAAUAUCAGUGUUCGUUUGUGUAAAAUCAAUGUGACGUUAUGCUUCAUCGAAUUCAUGACUUUGCUCCGAAUAUAUUAAAUGUAAUAUAAAUAAAUUUAGUCUCGUUGAAUUAUUCUCAUUUUAGCCAGUGUAAGUCUGUGUUAGCGUCGUAAUUAUUGGCGUCGAUUCGUGUUCUUGUAACUUGAUGACGUUAUUUUAUUGUAUUGUCAGUGUUGCCACGAUAUUGUGCGGAAGUAUUGCCAGUUCUCAAACUUUCCGUUUGUUUCAACUCAUUGGUUAGUUUGUAAAUAAUUGAAGGAUGAAACUAUUAAAUAAUUCGGUAUUUUAAGCUCAUCUAUGUGACAAAUGUGUACGAUUAAGAAGAUAAUUGAUAUUAGCAGUAUGUCUCAGUCUCUUAUUUGUUAUAACUAUGUACCUAAUACAUAUUCAUUGUGCAAUGUAUCUUAGUAUAAUUAUGUUGUUCAACAGUUAAAUGAAAAUCUGUUAUUUUAUAUUUAAUGUAUAAUUAUUUAAUAAGCAGUCUGAUCAGUCGACAAAGUUAUAAGAACACAAAAACGAUGUUAGAAAUUAUAAAAUAAUACCUUUUUAUUAAAAAAAAAAUCUAUUUAUUUCGUUAUUUUUUAAGUUUUCGAUGAUUUUAAUUGUUCUCGUUACUUUCCUUGGGAAUCUUUAUGAAUUUGUAGUAAUUAGUAAGUACAAUUCUCGUGCAGUACGUAAACGGGGUUCGAGUGCCGGCGUCUAAUUAUAAGAAAUUAUUAUUGAUAUAAACUACUUUUCUAAUGUACAAUUCCAUUUUUUCUAUUCCGGUGUCACUUAAUGUUGUGUAACCGUUGUCCGGUUAGUGCGAGCCCGGUUCGACCCCCGUUCGGAAGAAACUGUUGUUGGUUAUAAUCGUUUGUGACUCACUAUUUCAAAAAAUUCCUGAUGUAAUUUAUUAACUUGAAUAAUGAAAUUACGCUUCUAAAGUGUAUUACGUAUGUAAAUAUAGGACAAACUAAUACCUAUUAUUGAUAGUGAAUGUUGUAAUUUGUAUAUAAGUAACGAAAAUUAAAUUUUAAAUACAUAGAUAACAUUGUGCGUA